CAGACUGACUGUCCACACGGUGGGUUGGUUUUGCAUGCUCUGUUGGGUUGAAAGCUGCUCGACAGGUCUGACGACGAAAUACUACCCGGAAAAGAGCCGUGGCGUGGUUUAGACAACAGAGCGAGAGAGAUAGGAGGUUCACUGGAUAAAAUGUUGUAAGGGAUAUUGAACGUCAAAACAUCAGUAUAUUGUCCGUUAUUCGUUUAUCAGGAUGUCGGCGUCUGCUAUAUUUAUUCUGGAUCUUAAAGGCAAGGUGUUGAUAAGUCGUAACUACAUGGGAAACAUGGACAUGAAUGAGAUCGACCAUUUCAUGCCUAUAAUGAUGAGGAUGGAGGAGGACGCGGACACGUCGCCCCUGGUGACCAGCGGCUCCUCACACUUCCUGUGGAUCAAACACAGCAACCUCUACCUGGUGGCAAUGACCAAGAAGAAUGCCAACGCUGCUCUGGUAUACUCCUUCCUCUACAAAAUAGUACAGGUGUUUAAGGAGUACUUUAAGGAGCUGGAGGAGGAGAGCAUCCGUGACAACUUUGUGAUUGUGUAUGAGCUGAUGGACGAGGUCAUGGACUUUGGCUUUCCCCAGACCACAGACAGCAAGAUCCUGCAAGAGUACAUCACCCAGCAGGGUCACAAACUGGAUGUGGGCGCCCCUCGCCCCCCCGCCACCGUCACCAAUGCAGUGUCCUGGAGGUCAGAGGGCAUCAAGUACAGGAAGAACGAGGUGUUCAUGGAUGUCAUCGAGUCCGUUAACCUGCUGGUAAGUGCGACCGGCAGUGUCCUGCGAAGUGAGAUCAUGGGCAGCAUCAAGCUCAAAGUGGUUCUGUCUGGAAUGCCAGAGCUCAGACUGGGCCUCAACGACAAAGUGCUCUUCGAGAUCACAGGAAGAGAGAAGAGUAAGACGGUAGAGCUGGAAGACGUCCAGUUCCAUCAGUGUGUCCGUCUGUCUCGCUUCGAGAACGAUCGAACCAUCUCCUUCAUCCCCCCGGACGGAGAGAGUGAGCUCAUGUCCUACCGCCUCAACACCACGGUGAAGCCUCUUAUAUGGAUCGAGAGUGUGAUUGAGAAGUUCUCCCACAGCCGAGUUGAGAUCAAGGUUAAGGCCAAGAGUCAGUUUAAGAGCCGCUCCACCGCCAACAACGUAGCCAUCAUGGUACCCGUGCCCAGCGACGCCGACUCGCCUAAAUUCAAGACGAGCACAGGCAGCUGCAAGUAUCUUCCCGAGAAGAGCGUGGUGCAGUGGAACAUCAAGUCCUUCCCUGGAGGCAAGGAGUACAUGAUGAGGGCUCACUUUGGGCUGCCUAGUGUGGAGAGUGAUGAGUUGGAGGGGAAGAGGCCCAUCACUGUCAACUUUGAGAUCCCCUAUUUCACUGUAUCUGGUAUCCAGGUACGCUAUCUUAAGAUCAUUGAGAAGAGCGGCUAUCAGGCGUUACCGUGGGUACGCUACAUAACACAGAGUGGAGAUUACCAACUUCGGACAAACUAAGGGCAAGCCUGCUGCCAGACGAAUGGAUCUUCACUCCCUCCCCCUCUCUCUGGCUCCCUGGGAGUGAGGGACAGCAGAGGACAAGGAAAGGGUAACAAUUUUCACCACUCUCCAAAAGGACCAGGCAGCCAUCAUGCCCCUGAUCUGCAGACAUUGAGUACAGUAAAGACUCUGUGACGAUCUCAAUUGCAUACUCCUCUCGUCCUCUCUUUGUCAUUUCCUCAAACCCCAUUGGAUGAGGAAGCCAGAGGUCCCACCCCUCUGACCAUCUCCUCCAAUGGGUUUUGAGAAGGAGACGAGGAGAGACGACGCGAGGAGUAGGCAAUUGAGACCUUCCCAUAGUUUCCCUUCAGAACUCGACUGAUGUGUCACCUUUGGCAAAAGUUUUACAGCAUCUGGAGACAUGUUUUCUCAGUUUAUAGAGUAAUGAAUGUAGGGGUUUUUCCCUAUUGGUCGUGUUGUAAAAAUUGUAUAGUUUGUUUAUUCUCAAGGCACAGUGUGUUUAAUUUACCGUAAGAAUUCAGGGUGUGAGACAUGGUUGAAAGUCUGUGAACAUUGAAACGUGGCUUUUACACAGCACUGAUAAACUUGUAUCUGGUGGGUGUGGUUGUCAGUUGAUGUUAUCGUGGGGUCAGUUCUGUAACAGCAUUCUGUCUCAUGAAAUGAACACCGAGCUGGUCAGAUCACCGAUUACUAAGUAAUACAAAAUAAACAAUAUUGCCAUCUUUGUAUUUGCACUCAGCUUAAACUAACUAUAUGGAAAAGACUGAAGGAAUUAUUUUUCUUUUUGCUAUACUGACAAGGAAGUAGUUUAUCUACCUGGCGGGAACAGAUCACUUGAGGAAAAUACAUGAAAGAAAGAAAUAACCCUCCAGAAAUACAGGUGGACCAGUAUGAACAAGACCUUGCCUGGCUAUUGUAUGCCAAAAUGUGUUAAAAUUGUUUUUAUAUUUUAUUUUUCUCCAUAAAAAAAAAAAAAACACCCAACUUUUCCAAAGCAGGUGUUGUUUGGUAUAGUUACUGUAGUCUGUUGGGCACCAACCCCUCAUAUCAGCCUUGGGUCUCUGCCAGAGGAAUAGAGUUGAAAGGUUCAGCCCAGACUAGACGCUACAGUCAAUUUGUUAUGUGCAUGAGUUUGCGGUGUGUAGGCCUACUGUAUGAAAUCCCAUAUUACACUUUCCUUGUAAAAUAGUUGUUUGAGGAACAGAACAAAUAUGACGAUUUUCUUUCAGAUAUUCUCUCCAGUGGGGUUUUAAUGAUUAGUACAUGUGUUUUUCAAUCUCUCAAUAUCUUAUUUAUUAACCAUAUGUAAGUCAAUAGGAGGCAAAAGGACCUAUGUAUAAAUAAAUAAAUGUCUUUGUACUUUCUCUUCUAGUUAUUUUCGUCUAUCAGUGAAAUUUGUAUUUUAUCAAUUGAAAGAUGGGGACAGACGAGCUGAACCCCCUGGGUCCAUACUUAAACCUUUGGUUUAAAGUGUCUCGUUAUUAGCUUUUCUCAUAGCAUAGUGGCUAAUUGUGCCAGGUUUGCCUAAGUAUGACCAGCUGAACAGCAUGAUUAUGUCCGGUAACAAAUUCCGUAUCAGCCAAUUCAAAUUGUCGACGCAGUUCGACAUGAUCCAACACUUGUUCAUAAAAGCGUCCUUUAAAGGGGUAGUUCACGAUUUUGGUCAUGAAGCCCUUUAUCUACUUACCCAGGGUCAGAUGAAUGUGUGGAUACCAUUUUUAUGUAUCUGCGUCCAGUAUAAAGUUAGAGGUAGUUUCGCGAGAAAAUGCUAACUAGCUUAGCACAAUGACCGGAAGUUUACAGGAACAGCUAGACUUUGUCGUUGCACCAAAACUAGUUAGCAAUUGCGCAACUUCCUUCAUAACUGCACACACAGACAGACAUGGUAUCCAGAAGUUCAUCUGACUCUGGAGAAGGACCUCAUUGGAAAAUCCCAAACUAUCCCUUUAACAGAAGUCCAACGGAACUUGGUAUGUGAGUGACUGGUCAAAUAUCUCAGUGUAGGAAAUCUACCUCCUGAUAGUUGACCCAGUUUGCAGCAAAGGUUAUAGAAUCCCACAUUUAAAAGUCCCUUUUAAAUGUAGAAUUACAUUUGUGUUAGUGUGUUGAGACGAGAAGUGCAGACUACACCUUAAAUAUUAAGAUUAAGAAUUAAUUUAAUAAGGAGCCACAUAUUUCUUCAGACUAGUAGACAAACACACUGCAAGGACCUAAUAAUCAUAUUACAUUACAUGGACUUGUACGCCUAAAUGUAGACCUACAAUGUUUAAUAUACCAUUUAUAAUGAUUAAUUUGUGAAAUAUACGUUAUUUGACUUGAUGACCAGUAGAAGCGUUAUCCCCCACCCCCAUUGUUGCCACCAGUGAAAUAUGAACUCAGCAGUCUCAUCCUCCAAACUUUGAGCAUACCUCCUUAGCAGACUGCACCAUCAGUCAGUGAAAGCAUAAAAUAGAGGUAAAGUAUGACAAAACCACCAUCCUUUAAAAAAAAAAAAAAUAGCUAA